AAUCAGUCCGAUAAAAAAAUUGUUGAUAACCUGUACGAUAAAGAUGGUGAAAUACGACAAGCACAGUUGGUUAUUGAUUGGCUGGAGAAUAAUGCUGGCGAUGAAUUGGUCAAUUUUCAUGAGAAAGUGGAGUACUUUUCCCGUCAAGUGUGUUGGGAAAAUACUCUGCAUGAUAUGCUCUUCCCUAAGCUUGGCUCUCCCACAGUUGUCAAGGAAAUGGAUCCUGACGCACCUAUAAGAAGUGGGCUUCCUUUGAUGGACCUCGAUGAGGAGGAUGAUGCUAGACUACUGAAGCAUAUUUUUAGACUCGUUAGAGCAGGACAAGUUACCAAGGCUCAAGAAGUAUGUAUAAGAUGCGGUCAAGCAUGGAGGGCUGCUACUUUGGAAGGAUGGAAAAUGUGGCACGAUGAAAAUUUAGAAAGUGGUAAGAACCUAUUUGUGAUGAUCGGUAACCCCAAUCGUGAUAUCUGGAAAAGUUCCUGUUGGCAACUUUCGGAGCAGGCGAAAUUUAAUCGUUAUGAGAGGGCGCUCUAUGGUUGCCUGAGUGGGAACUUGGAAAAGGUGAUACCAGUUUGCGAAUCUUGGGAUGAUUAUUUAUGGGCAUACUAUAAGUGCUUUAUCGAUGAAAGGGUAGAACAGGUUGUAAUUAGAUACUCUUCCGUAAUUAGAUUUGUACUAAAUUAUAUUAAUUUAUGUAUUUAUUUAAUCAACUGUAGUUUAAAUCCAGAGAAAAUAUUUGAUGCUCUAGAUAAUAAUUCCAACGAGAGCGUUCGACAUCACGCAAGUUGCUACUACCAAACCGCUCAAAAACAUGUCAUUCUAGAUGAUGUAAAUGAUUUUCUGGCAAAGUCAAUAUCCUGGAUUGGUUCAAAUGAAAGAUCAUCCGAUGUCCUUAGAUUUCUUACCCAUCUUGCUUUGUUCUUAAGAGGUAUCGGCUUAAAUUUAAAUGACGAAGUUUGUGAUAAUGUUAUUGAACUCUACGUUCAGGUAAGCCUGCUUAUCAAGAAAAUUGAUGCUAUUGAAUGGAUGAUAUUCAAUCCCUCGCAGCGAAUAGAAGCAAUUAAACAUGCUAAUGCCGUGAUGAGAUACUUUAUUGCAUGUAGAAAACACUCUGCAGCUAGAGAAGUUUACACAAAAGUGCCUUCUGGUUCUAUAGAUCUCGUCUACAAGCAGUGGCAGACGAGGGCUGGUGAAUCCAAUCUACCUGCGGAUGACGAUAAUGCUAUCCGUGAAUUUUUAUGCAUUCAAGCAUAUUUGGAUGCUCAUGAAGCUUUCACCGAAUGGUUUCAACAGUAUUAUCACGGAAAACCGGAGGAACCUCAUGUUACUCAAAUUAGUAGACAGCAAAGCAUCGCUAAAAUUGCUUAUGAAGAAAAGACAAAAGCAUAUCGGUUGGAAUUGGAACGUUGGGAAAGGAAUAUUGAAAUAUAUUCCAAGGAUGCCAUUGAAAAAUUAUACAAUGUGCUUCUCUUCGUCGAUGGCGGCUGGAUGGUUGAUGCUCGAACAGAUGCUGUCGUAGAUGAAUCUAGAAAACAUCAAUUGGAAGUUUUACGCCAGCUUUGCUUACCUUUGAUCUGUUUUUUGUUACAAACGGUACUACAAGCUACUCAACAGUAUGAUCAAAGCCUACGAUUGGCGGUUGUCAUAGCAUCUGAACAAUAUAAAUUAUACGAGACAUUUCGCCCUGAUGAAUUGCAACAGUUCCUACGACUUUUAUGUGAAUCAGCGAAGGAAAUAUUAAGCCAACCGCAACUAUCAGAUGAAAAUAACGACAAAUAG